AUGCCAUCCUCCUCUCCUGUCCGCCUCGACACUCUUCCCCUACAUAUCAUCCACACAAUCGCUUCGUACACUGUCCACCGUACCUCUUACUCUCCUACCUACCACAGCACUCGUCCGUUAUGGAACAUGAUGGCGACGUGUCGGGCGUUGAGGGAGGGCGCGGAGAUAGCGCUGCGGCCGUAUCUGAAGGAAAAUCUGCGGGAGUUGCUCGUCCGCCCGUGCUACAUGGAGGACGUCUUCGAGCCAGUCGGGGAAUAUCCUACGGAAGAUGACGAGGAAGGAGAAUACGACGAUCUCUCCCGCCGCAUCCAGCUGAGGGCGCUCAGCAAGCGACACGAGAUCUACCUCCAAAAUUACCCUCCCGCAGUCAAGCACCUCACGACCCUCACACUCGAGGUGAGGGACGAUGAUGAUACGGCGAUGUGGCCGCACAUCCUCCGGUUCGCCGGUCAACUCCAAGAGUUAACACUCUACUUUCAGGAUCGGCUCAUCACCCUGCACGAGACGGAGCGGUUCUACGGCGCGGACGAGGAAAAGCAGCGGGAGGACAACAUUCAGCAGUCAGCCAACAGCAGGGACGUUUGGAAUCGCGUCUUCGACUACGGCGCGGUGCAACUACCCUUGCUCACCAACUUGACCCUCAGCUGUACGGCGAGAGUGUCGGAUCACUUUGUGCUCUUCAAUGCCGGUCUGGUAUGCGCCUACACGCCGGAAGACUACUCGGAGCUCGAGCUCUCGCUUCCAUCCCUGCGCCAAAUCACACUGCACGGCGACGAGAUGUCGGUCUCCCAGACUCUGUCAAAUCUCCUCCGGAUCGCUCCUCACAUCAUCUCACUCGCCCUCCAUGUUCCGGUCGCCAUGGACUCAGACGUCCUCGGAGGUUUAUGUGUAACCAUCGCUGGACAUGGUCCGCUGGUCAGUCUGGCUUUAUAUGGACCGUGGUCUGGCAAUGCCACUCAGGCGCUACAACUCGCGCAGGACGAAUUUCAUACAUCCAUGCAGAACCUUAAGACUCUCGUGCUCAGUCAAAGGCAUAAAUGGGUUCAUGAUGGGCCCUUGUACCCGCUACUUGACCAGGAUUCGGAACUGCGGCCCGCACUACCGGCGCUGGAGCGGAUCUCAUUCGUCGACCCCGACAUCGAGUAUUGUCACGAGUACGAUCGGCGCUCAUGGCGCAGCUUUGAAGGCUUAUACAGCGUUGAGGCGUUGGAGGGCCUAGCUGCCGAGUAUCCCACCUUACGGUGCUGUCAAUGGGUUCUCGGUUACCCGGAGGACCCGUUUGACUUUGACUCGCCCUCGAUAGGAGAUGGGGAGCGCAAGUGUAGGGUCACUUGGGGUGAGGGUGAGAAGCCACCACCGCCGCCGGAGAAUUGCAGUGCUUGGGGACCCGCAGACCUCGCGAUGUUUAGGUCCGACUUUGGGGUCGGGUUCGGCGCCGAGGCGGAAGAAGAGAGAGAGGGUGCGAGAGAAUGA